AUGCCCAAGAGGAAGGUUAGCGCGGAUGGAGCGGCCAAGGCGGAGCCCAAGCGCCACUCCGCAAGGCUCUCGGCCAAGCCCGCCCCUGCCAAGGUGGACGCAAAGCCGAAAAAGGCCGCGGGAAAGGAUAAAGCAUCAGACAAAAAAGUGCAGAUAAAAGGGAAGAGGAGAGCGAAGGGCAAACAGGCUGACGUGGCUGACCAGCAAACCACAGAGCUGCCUGCAGAAAAUGGAGAGAGGGAAAACCAGAGUCCCGCCUCUGAAGAAGAGAAAGAAGCUAAGUCCGACUAAGCAUCCAUCACGUCUGUCAGUGGUCCCGCCUCCCUUCUUGUACAAUCCAGAGGAAUAUUUUUAUCAACUAUUUUGUAANUGCGAGUUUUUUAGUAGCUCUAGAAACAUUUUUAAAAGGUGAGGGGAUCCCACCUCAUCCCAUUUUUUAAGUGUAAAUGGUUUUUUUAAGAGGUUAAAUCAUUUGCUGGUUGUUUAUUUUUUGGUACAACCAGAAAAUAGCAGGAUACUGAAUCAGGAGAGGCUGUGACUGUCUCGGGGGUCACCAUAACAUUCCGUAGAUGGGGCUAGUUUUAUAUCCUAUAAUACAAAGCAUACUAAAUGGCAA